AUGGAACCCGUGAUAACUCCAAUUUACGUAAGAGAUUUUGCCAGAAAAGCACUAGACCUAAUGAAUCCUAAGCCACAAAAAGAAGAGCCAGUAAUAGAGCGAGAACCCAGAGAGCCUGUCGAAGGUCCAGGAAGAAAAAUUGGAUUAACAGAUUAUAAAAAGUGGGAAGAGUUCAAAGCAGACGAAGAGGAAGAAGAAAAGAAAAAAGAGGAAUAUGCCAAAACAAUGUGCUCUCAAGAUCACAGAAAAGAAAUCGAAUUAUUUGAAAGACCCAAUCCAGAAAAGCUAGAAGCUGCUUCACAAUUUAAAAAGCAAGGAAACGAUGCCUUCAAAGAGAAAAAUUAUUCCUUACUCGCCCCUCUGUGGGUGAUCAAACAAUUUUGUAGUAAAUUUUUUGGUCGAAUUUCAAUUUGCAAAAAUUGAGAAGUAAAAUUUAUUUAAUUUACAAAAUUAGUUUUAAAAUGCGUGCUGUUUAAAAAUGAACAGAGUUAGCUAGAGAUUUCACUAUAAUAAUUAUCACUUAUAUAUCAAAAAAUAUUUUUUUUCAUACAAAAUUUUUGUUCGCUCAAGGGUGGUGGGCUUUAAAAAUAGAGAUUUUUCCAAUGGUUUUGUUCGCUCACGGAGGGGGGAGUUAGCUGCGCUGUUUUAUAGAAAAGGUUUACUACAAUUAGACUACACUUUCCCAGAAAAUCCUUCUGAAGAAGAUAAAUUCAAAGAACUGGAAUUGACUUUGCACCUAAAUAUGUCUUUAGCAAAAUUCCAUAUGGACGAGCUGGAUGAAACUUUAACACAUGCAGGGCAAGCUUUAAGAGUUCAGCCAAAUCAUCCUAAAGCGCUAUUUAGGAGGGCUCAAGUAUUUUUUAAAAGAGAUUUAAUUGAUGAUUGCAGAAAAGAAGUCCAGAAAAUUCUUGAGCAAAACUCAAGUAAUGUUGAAGCACAAGAGCUGCUGAGAGAGCUAGAUAAAAAAGUAGCAAGGUAUAAAAACAAAGAAAAACAAAUAUUCAAAGCUAUGGUUUCCUCUGAAGAAGGUAAUUAA